AUCUCAUCUCAACAUGGCCGCCGUGCCCAUCACGAACACUCUCUUCCCCCCGCCGCCGGGAUACUACAAGGCGUUUACGCCGGAGGCUUUGGCGCGCCUAGCGGAGCUGCGCAGCGAGGGCGACAGCGCGGAGCCACUAGCACCUGGCGAGCUCGACGAGCUCGCUGUCGCACUCGACCCACCCCGCGCGGACUGGGUGCUCGAGGAGGGACAGUGGAUGCUCUUCGGGCAGAAGUAUACGGCCGAACCGCACAUUCCAACCGCACGCGACAUCGGCCUACCGGCGCUCGUCUCGGACCCCGUGUCAGCAGGUGGCGACUCGGAGCGCGCCGCUCUUCCCCUCCUUCUCCACUCGUUCCUGCACACGCUCCUCGCCUUUGUUGACGUGCUCACCGGCACGGCGCGUGUACCCGAUGAACUGGAGGCCUAUGGGCGGCAGAGCCAGGGCGACCAGUACAUCCAGCACAUGUCGAAUCUCGCCGCGACCAUGAUGGUGUCUGCGAACCAGCUGCGAGGCGUGCAGGCCGAAGCAACUCUCGUCAUGCUCAUGGAGAAGCAACUCGAGGAGCGACGUGCGCAGACGGAGCGGCUCAGGACCAAGAGCCGCGAGAUUGCUGCCAUGGUGCGGCGGCUCAAGGAGAAUGCGACGGCGGAAGCAGGCGAGAGCCGCAACCCGAGCAGAAGUCGGACAAAUAGCCACACUUUGGGAGAGAGCCAGGCCGUGAGCUUGAAGCUGUCGCCGGCGGCCAACGGACACGGCGAGAGCGAUGGCGAUGUGCUGAUGAGCGAGGUGUAGCGCUCAUUGCUGGAAGCGGCGGCAUACCCUGCAUAUGUAUACCCUCAUGUCU